AAUUGAGCAAUAAAACAGUUAAGAAUCUAUGUCUAUUGUACUUCUAAUUUCAUAUUCUACGGAAAAAGCACGUCCAUAAUCCUUUGAACCCAAUUGAAUCACAAUGUACUACGUCCUCUACCUAAGCAGCCUCUGCAAACGCCGCCACUGGCCCGAUCCCCUUUACUCCCCCUACAAAACCACAACCCCCUCACCCACCACUGGCCCAAACACCGGUCCCAACCCCAACACCAACAACCCAGGCUACACCUGCACCGUCCGCGUUAACAACCGCGAAUACCAAACCGACACGAUCUGUGAAUCCGAACAACUAGCCCGCGAAAACGCCGCCAUGCGCGCAUACCUCAUCUGUCGCAAUUUCUCGGUGAACGAUGGCAUGUACCCCACGGGUCAUGACCAUGGGGGUAUUGUGCAGGGGGUGCCAGUUGCGAUUGGGACGGGGAGAAAGGGGCGGUUUCAGUAUGGGAGUGAUGGGUUUGGGGAGGUUUAUGCUGGGGUUGGCAACGGGUAUGGAGCUGGGAGGGUUGGGAGUGAGAGUGGAGCGAGUAGUGGGAGUGGAGGGGUUUCGCCGUGAUUUUGUCUUGUGCUGGGAUGGGGAUGGAGA